CCAGGACCCUGCGGAGGCGCACCCCGGGGAGCGCAAGGCGGGCCCAGCGGCCCCCCGCGGCCCGGCCCCCCGUGGCCCUGUGGCGCCCCGCGGCCCUGCCCCCAAUGGCCCGGCAGCGCCCCGCGGCCCAGCCCCCCCGGGCCCUGAGGACCCUCGCGGCCAGGCCCCUCGCUGCCCGGCCCCUCGCAGCGACGGGGGCAAGGCAGCGGAGGUAGCGGAGGACGGAUCCACUCCCAGCCGGCCAUCGGAGUCCCUCGCGGCGGAGAAUGUCAAGAAGGGGACCUCCAAGGCGGAGACCUUCCGGGACGAAGCCGGCGAGAACCUCAAGGCACAGAUGGAGGCCGCGUCGACGGCCGGCGGGGUGGCGGAGAUCGCGUUCGAGAACAUAGACAGGCUGACGACGGAGGAGAUCGCCGAGGAGAGACCGAGGUCCCUCUCCCAGCUCGUGUGGAGCCUGGGCAAGUUUCGGCAGCGCCAGCACCGGACGUCGCCGCUGCCAGAACACGGCAUCGAGGACCGAGUGCGUCAUCCACGUUUGCGGCGUGCUCCCCGACAUGAAAGAGGAGACUGUUCCCACCUCGACCUCACCAACACGCUCUGGGGCCUCGCCCGGCUCUACCCCGACGCCGGGGGUUCCCGAGCCUCGGGCACCGAGCUGGCGGUGGCCGCCGCGUUCCAGGCGCUCGUGAGAGGAUGUAUCGACAAGGUCGCGAUGCUCACGCCGCAGUGCUUGGCGAACUCGUUCUGGGCCAUGGGGCGCCUCAAGGUCCGGGGGGCCGACGUGGACAGGUUCGUGGACCGGGCGCUGAAAGCCCUGGCCAGCGCCGCGCCGCUCAGCAGCUUCACCUCCCAGGGCCUCGCCAACGUCCUCUGGGGCCUGGCCCAGCUCCGCACCAUCGGCGUCGGCAGGGACCCGCAGGACCGCACCGUGCGCAGGGCGGUGGUGGCGCUGGUUGAGGCCUCGGAGGGCUGCCUGCAGAAUUUCCAGCCGCAGGAGAGCUCAGCAUGGCGGCGUGGUCCCUGGCGAAACUCUACGCUUCUAGCAAGGCCACGGUCGGGGACCAGUCGCGGCGGGGGCGCUCGAGCAUGCGGCCACCGCAGGUGGACACCAUGCUGCUCCGACUCGCGGAGGUGGCGACACGGUGCGUGCACCUGUUCGAGGACCAGGGCAUUUCCAACAUCACUUGGGCCAUGGCGAUCCUCGAUCUCACGGGGAAGGAGAGCCGGCCAUGGCCCCCGUGCGCGGCUUCUUCGAGGCAGUGAUCAAGUUCGCCACCAAGGAGCUCUGGAAAUACUCGGCGCAGGCAAUCGCCAACCUCCUGUGGGCCUGCGUGCGCGUGGAGUUCCCCGCGACGAACCGCCGGGCGAGGGACCCGAGGAAGGCGAGCGAGCGGAUGGGCGCUCUGUGCUCGGCCGUCGCCAGUGUCAUGACCGAGCGUAUGAAUGAGGGCCGCUCGGUGACCUGGCGGGACCUCUCAGGCG